CGCAAGGGCGAAGGGUACACGAUAAUUAACUCCUUCCAUAAUUAAAUGUUGAACAAUUGACUUAAGCAGGCCAUUUUUUUCAACGUUAAACGACGUUUUCUACUAAAUUCUCCAUGAACACUGAAUCAGUUGUCGAGUUCCUUGGGAACGUGCGCUUGUUACAGCGGUUGCCUAGUUCUUCUCUGAAGCGAAUCGCCCAAGUCGUUGUGUUGAAGCGUUAUGAAAGAGGGGAUUACGUGGUUCGUGAAGAUGAGGUUGUGGAGGGCGUUUAUUUUCUCUUACAAGGACAGGCUCAGGUUCUUGGAUCACCCGGAGAGGAAAACAGUUCGGAGUUCCUCUUGAAACGAUUUGAUUUCUUCGGCCGUGGUAUUUUUGGGAAUGUGUACUCAGCAGAUGUUGUCGCUGUAUCAGAGCUCACCUGCUUUCUGUUGAUGUCUGUUCAUUGUGGUUUGCUUGAGACAAAGUCAAUCUGUGAUUCAGAUAAGGAACUUGACUCACGCUGUCUUGUGGAACGCAUAUUGUGUCUGGAUCCAUUAGAUUUGAAUGUAUUCCGGGGGUUCACUCUACCCAAUGCUCCAACCUUUGGAAAGGUUUUUGGAGGGCAAUUAGUUGGACAGGCACUUGCCGCAGCAUCAAAUACUGUUGAAUCUAUGAAGAUAGUCCAUAAUUUACACUCCUAUUUCCUUCUUGUUGGAGAUUUAAAUAUUCCCAUCAUAUAUGAAGUUAAUCGCUUACGUGAUGGCAACAACUUUGCUACCCGAAGAGUAGAUGCAAGACAGAAAGGAAAAACAAUAUUCACCUUGUUUGCGUCAUUUCAGAGAGAGCAACAGGGUUUUAUUCACCAGGAGUCAACCAUGCCUCAUGUGCCAGCUCCUGAAACUCUUGUAUCAAGAGACGAGAUGCUUGAACGUCGUAUGACUGACCCUCUGCUACCUAGGGAUUACCGAAACAAAGUUGCAACUGAAAAUAUUGCUCCAUGGCCCAUAGAUAUUCGAUUUUGUGAGCCAAAUUAUUCUACAGAACAGACAAAGUCUCCUCCAAGAUUAAAAUACUGGUUUAGAGCAAAGGGAGAGCUUUCUGAUGAUCAAGCUUUGCACCGGUGCGUGGUAGCAUUUGCUUCAGAUCUGAUAUUCGCCUGUAUCAGUUUAAACCCCCACCGUAGAAAGGGCAUGAGUGCAGCUGCUCUUAGCCUGGACCAUUCGAUGUGGUUCCACCGACCUCUAAGAGCUGAUGAUUGGCUGCUCUUUGUGAGUGUGAGUCCAACGGCGUCCCAGAGUCGCGGUUUUGCCACUGGCGAAAUGUUCAACAGAAAGGGAGAGCUGGUGGUAUCUUUGACCCAAGAAGCUUUGCUAAAAGAAGCUGAGACUAUUAAGCCCGUCUUCGGCGCCAAGCUCUGAGUGACACACACACACACACGCACACACCAUUGGAUUCAUUGCGAGAGAGUUUUUUUUGCAUCUAUUUACACCUCGCGGUCACAUUCUAAUGCUUUUUUUCGAUUCAGAAAUUUUUUUUUUCCCACUCCAGUCGAGAAAGGGUCUUAUAUUUUGUACUUAUAUGUUUGUAUGUUGCAAACUGUGUGAUAUUUGCUCGACAAUGAGACGUAAAAGAGAAAAUAGAAAAUUGGGAAUUAAU